CGGCAUUUUCUCCUCUCUUUCUUCUCUUUUUUUUUUUUUGUAAUAUUCUCUUUUUCUUCUCUUGACUCCUACUGCAAAGUCUGCAACUGCAGUAAUGGACUAGGUCACUAGGCUCGAAAUCCCCAGUGACACAUCUUGGGGUCUAUGUACUAUUUGAUGUUCUUUGCAGCUUAAAUAAAUCGAAGGCAAUGGCAGCUGGACUUGCAGAGAUAAUCGUAUCUCCACUUGUGCAUUCAAUGCUUGACAAAUUAGCGUCCCCUGAGCUACGUGAUUUUGGGGCUUCAUGGGGUGUUGAAGCCGUCGAAGGACAGCUGAGCGAUCUUACCUACGCCCUUGAAUGGAUCUCUGCAAUGCUCUGUCUUGUGGAGGAGAGCCAAAUAAAGAAUCCCUUGCUGAAAAUUUACCUCGGAGAUUUGAGGGAGGUGUCUUUCUAUGCCGAUAUCAUGUUGGAUGAUUUCGUCUACGAAGCUCUUCGACUGAGGCUCCAAAAUGAAAGAAACCAAAACAGAGAAAUGAGACAGGUGCGUACUUAUCUGCAUUUUUCUUUGAAUAAGAACCAAAUGCUUCGUCAACGUGAGAUCCCUUGUGUAAUAGAUGAAAUCAGAGAGAAACUAGUUCAGAUUGGAAAGAAGAUUGAAGCCCAUUACCAGAAUCUAGUUGUGAUUGAAGGAAGACAGCUUGAAAUAGAAAGGCGACAACGAACUGUUUCACUUCUAGACACCAGACAGAAGAGCAGUUCGUUAGUUGUUGACUCUGAGGUUGUUGGUAGAUCGCAAGAUAAGAAUCAUUUGAUUAGUCUACUCGUAUCUGGAGAAUACGAUGGAAUUAAAGCCCCUGUAGUUUCCAUACUUGGGAUGGGUGGUCUUGGGAAGACUACUCUUGCUCAGAUUGUUUACAAUGAUUUAGAGGUGAAAGAGCAUUUUCAGUUAAGGGCAUGGGUUUGUGUGCCUAGUGAAUUCAAUGUUGAGAGAUUAACCAACGCAAUUAUGGAGUCAUUAACUCUGAAGCCUUCUCGGCUUUCCUUACUUGAUCCAAAUCAUGUCAAAUUACAAGACCUGGUGAGAGAGAGGAGAAUUUUAAUUGUAUUGGAUGAUGUGUGGAAUGAAAACCGUAGUUAUUGGGAUACCGUGCUCGCUCCAUUCCGUGUUGCAGCAGAAGGAAGCCGAAUUUUGGUGACCACUCGAAGUCAGAAAGUUGCUUCUAUCAUGGCUGCUGUGGAAAUUUCUCUGCAAGGUUUAUCAGAUGAAGAUUGCUGGACUUUGUUCAAGAGACAGAUAUUCACUGAUAUACAUUGUGAAGUACAUCCAAAUUUAGAAGCAAUUGGAAGGAAAAUUGUAGGAAGAUGCAAUGGUUUGCCUUUGGCAAUAACAUCACUUGGCGGGAUUCUACGGGGAAAAUUGGAUCAGAGGGAGUGGCACCAAGUAUUGGAAAGUAAGAUUUGGGAUUUGGGAGAAGAAAACAAUAUUAUGCCAGCACUCAGUUUGAGUUACCAUUAUCUCCCAGCACACUUGAAGCUUUGUUUUGCAUAUUGCUCUUUAUUUCCCAAAGGUUAUGAACUUAGGAAGGCAAUACUAGUCCCGCUUUGGAUGGCUGAAGGUUUUAUUCCAUCUAAACAGGUAGAAAGAAUGGAAGAGAUUGGUAGGGAGUACUUCGAUGACUUGUUUCACAGAUCUUUCUUUCAGUGCUCUAAGAAAAGCAACUUUAUUGAAAGAGAUGGCUCAAGAAAAGUAGAAUCGGUAUUUGUGAUCCAUGAACUCAUGCAUGAUUUAGCUCAAUUCGUUUCAACAGAAAUGUGCUUCAGAAUUGAGCAUGAUGAACCAAAUCAUAUCUCCAAAAAGUCCCGUGCAAUGUCGAUGCAUAUUCGAGGUUUGGACAAAGACAGAAUAAAAUGCCCAUCUUCAUUUCUGUCAGUUGGACAUCCAUCUCUUUCUUACAGUAGACAGGCCCUUCAAGAUUUAUUCGUGACAAAGAGAUGCUUGCGCGUGUUGGAUUUGAGUAACUCCAGCAUCAAAUCUUUGCCAGAUUCCAUUGGCUAUUUGAAGCAUCUAAGGUACCUCGAUCUCUCUGGCACUUGCAUUAGCGUGUUACCUGAAUCAAUCUGUGACCUCUACAAGUUGCAAACACUGCUGCUCAAACCUUGUCCUGAACUUCAUGAGUUGCCCAAAGGCAUGGGAAACCUAAUUAACCUUCAAUACAUAGUAAUGGACAAAGAAUUAUGGAAUGACCAUAGACCAGCAGGAAUUGGGAGAUUAACUUGUCUCAAAACACUGCCUCAAUAUGUUGUGGGUCAAGAAGAUGGUUACAAGAUAGGAGAGUUGAAGGUGUUGCAGCAUCUGGAGGGUAUGCUUUGGAUCAUGAAACUAGAGAAUGUAGUCAAUGUUGCAGAGGCAGGGGAGGUAUGUUUGAAGAAUAAGCUAAGACUUGAUAAUUUGGUUUUGGAAUGGAGCAAUGGUCAUGGUAGUCUACCAGCUAGAGGAGAAUUUCAGGCUGUACUUGAAGGCCUACAACCUCCUGUAGGGCUGGAGUCUCUUACAAUCUCAUAUUACCUCGGUUUAAGCUUUCCAAAUUGGAUGAUGAGGGAUUUCUCCAGCUUUACAAAGCUAGUCUCUGUGAAACUCUCUAACUGCACAAAUUGCACAAUCCUCCCACCUUUUGGGAAAUUACCUUCACUGGUUUCCCUCGAGAUAGUGGGGUCAAUUGAAAUGACACAUCUGACUCAUGAGUUUUAUGUAGAUGGUCAAGAAAAUGGUGGUAAAAAGGGGUUUAAAAAAUUGGAGUCCCUAAUAUUUGACGGUAUGUGCAGUUGGGAGGAAUGGUAUGGAUCAGAGGAUGGUGAAUUCCCCUGCCUUGAAAUGCUAACACUGAGAAAAUGUUACAGUCUAAGGAAACUACCUCCACUUCUUCCCACAGUGCGGGUAGUCAAAAUAGAGUUCUGUAAUUCUUUGACUACUUUUCCAAAGCUUCCUUCAAUUUGCAGGCUGGAGUUGCAAACGUUGAAGGGGAGGAUAUCAAAUUUGAUACAUCAAUUCUCUUCCUUGUACUCUCUGAGUGUCAAUAGUGUUGAAGAUUCAACAAACCUGUCCUGUGCUAUACUACUUCCUGUAUCAAAAUGACUUCAAAGAGUUGAGAUUUCUGCACCCAAUAAUCUCGAGUCACAUAAGAGGACUGUAGGUGAUAGGACCUUGCCUCUCUCUAAUAUUUGGUACUCAGAUUUUGUGAUACGUUCAUGCUUCUCCUUUGUGAACUUUGGAAGAAAGCAGGCGUUGUGUCACAAAAGACGAGCCAAGGGUGAUUUCUGUCCAGGUAAUGGUGCAGGACUGUAUCAAUGAUCCAACUUGUGGAAUAAUUUUGCUCAACUACAAUUUAUUUGUAUCCUCAUUGAGUAGAUUAAAUUGGUAACCUCUAGGUUUUGAGUUUACAUUUUACUGCAUCUUUCUGUGGUCCUUUUUCUGUCAUAUUCUGUAGCCUCUUCUUAAUGCUUCUAAGAUUCUGGUAAAUUCUAUAGGGUGAUCAGCAGCAUUAGAAGACAUACAGGGAUUAUUUAGUAGUAUUCAAAUGUACAUAAUUUCAAUCCUUCAAUUUUAUCCAUUAAGUGUUGCCUGGCUAUGCAGGCCGGGUAUGCGACCACCAUUGCCCA